AUGACGUCCGACCAAGAAGUGUUCUCGCUGUACGACAACUCACCAGAUCCACUCUUGGAUAUAUGUAUGGAAUAUGUUGUGGCAAAUCUCAACACAAUAACGACGUUAGAUCCCACCAGCCGCUGGCGCAAGCUCAAGGAUGAUAUAAUACUGCCCGCCGAAUUGUGUGAAAAAUUCAUUCAAACUUUUCAAAAGAAGAAUAAUAGAAUCAAUGAUAAUAUUGCGAAUAUAUUCCGUGAUUGCACCAGGACCAGACUCGAUAACGUAAGGCUACGGAAUUCCCGCAUAACAGAUGAGGGCCUUAGAUGUUUCAUGGUACACAAGCCUUACAGACUUGAAUUGGUCCAAUGCGAAUACCUCUCUCAAGCUUCCUUGGACAUAAUAAACAUAAACAGUGAGAAAUUGAUAUCCCUGAAAUUUGGACCGCUCAAUUAUGCCCUUUCCCAGGAUGAAGCACAUCUGCGACAGAGAGGACAUAUCAUUGACGCACCACACCUAAGACGGCUAACUAUCCAAUGCCGUGGUCUUACCAUAUUCCCAUUGCUACUGUUGAAACCAUUGAACAACUUAACGCAUUUAGACCUGUCUGAAUUCACAUCCACUGUAUCAACAUGUGCUUUAUAUGAGUUAAAAAACUUACGAUCACUGGUUUUGUAUAAUGUUCUGUGGUCCAAGGAAAUAAUUGACUGGAUAACAACACUACACUCCCUCCAACACUUAGACUUGUCACACUCAAAUGAACGCCAUGGAAAAUAUUACAACCCAAAUGAAGUGCUAACGACAUUGGUGACUAGUUUGCCGCACCUUGAGUCACUGGACAUAUCUGGUACCAAUUUAGCUGGUUCGGGAGCGGCGGCUGUUGCUGUUGUUAAAGAAGGUACUUCUGAUCAAAUACCUGAAGUACAUGUAAGAUGCGACAUACCUGGGCUUGUGAGCCGUGUAAACAAUCCGUUGGAGUUUCUUGGUUUAUAUGGUACACAUCAUGGGGCUUGCAAGAGACAUGAUAUUCCAGCUAAAGUGAUUUCUGGAGAUGGUAAUGAGGAGCAAAUCCUCACAGCAGCAUUAGCAUACAUGGAACGCCCGGCAAUGCUGACCCGUGUUCUCAAUGACCUUUACUAUUUGUUCCGUUAUGAAAACAAUGCUUAUAUUGGAAGAGCACUGACUGUUGUGCUAGAUGCAAUGGAUCAACAUGUAUCUGAAAAACAUAUCCAAAUAUCUGGCAGUGCUACCCUCUUUUAUAUUGUUAAGGGAAAGGAAAAGGAUCAUAUUGGUAUAAAAUUGAAACGUCGCAUAAUAACAGCUUUGCUCGAUGGCAUGGAGGCGCAUGUUGGAGAUGACACUAUGAUGAGGAAUGGCUGCCUCACACUUUGUCAGUUCAAGAUUCCUGUAGAUGUGCUGUUCGAGUACGAGCGCGUGGUGCAGAUCCUGCUGAACGGGGUCUCCGACGUGAACCAGGAGGGCUUCGUGCAGCGCAUCGCCAUCUACCUGCUCAACUCGCUCGCGUGCCAAGUGGACAACACACAGAAGCGCUUCCUGGGCAACAACGGCGCUAUAGGGAAAAUGCUGAACUUGAUCUCGGACCGACUCGAGAGACGCCUAUGCGACGAUGUGCUGGAGGUCGCCUGGUCCACCAUGUGGAACGUAACCGACGAGACCCCGCAGAACUGCCAGCGGUUCCUAGAGAACCGCGGCAUGGAGUACUUCCUUGCCUGCCUCAAGAGUUUCCCAGACAAGGAGGAGUUGCUGCGCAACAUGAUGGGCCUCCUGGGCAACGUGGCAGAGGUCGCAGAGCUCAGGCCGCAGCUGAUGAACACCCUGUUCCUGGACGUGUUCUACGACCUCCUGGACUCGUCUAGCGACGGAAUCGAGGUAAGCUACAACGCGGCCGGUGUGCUGGCGCACAUGGCGUCCGACGGCGUCGCCGCGUGGACUGUGGACCAGCCCUCCAGGGACGAGGUGCUGGAGCGGGUGGCGGCCGCGGUCCAGCGCUGGGACCUGCGCGCCGAGCGCAACAUCAACUACCGCUCGUUCGAGCCGAUACUGAACCUGUUGCACGCCCACCACACGCCCCAGUGCCAGCACUGGGCGGUGUGGGCCCUGGCCAACCUCACCACGGUCUACCCGGACAAGUACUGCAGCCUAGUUGACUCGGAGGGGGGGCUUCGCCUGCUCAGGGAGCUGCUGAAGCACCCGGCGCCCUACGGCGUGAUAAAGGAGCUAGCGUGCGUCGUGAUCAACAACUGCGCCCAACACUCGUCGCAGCGCACCGGCCUGCCCCCGGAGACCGUCUACUACGACAAC